GUGUCCUCUGUGCAGAGAGCACCUCGCUCAGGAGGCAGCAGCUCCCUGGGAGCCUCUGAGGGAGAAGACAAUGGAGAUGCUCAAGGAGAGGGCAAAUCCCAACUCCCAACCUCACAAUAUCCUGUUCCAGUGGGAAGCUGACAAAAUCCAAGAGCUGUCCCAAUGGGAAGAUGUGGAAUAUGAGGAACUGUCCCCAUGGGGAUUUGAGAGAUACCUAGAAGCAUUGCAAUGGGGAGAGGAAAGAGUCUAUGAGCUGUUCCAAUGGGAAUUUGAGAAGUACCAAGAAGCAUUGCAAUGGGAAGAUGAAAAAGUCCAAGAGCUGCCCCAAUGCGACAACCAAAGAAUCCAAGAGCUGUCCCAGUCGGAAGGUGAGACAGUCCAAGAACUGUCCCCAGAGGUAGAUGUGAAAGUCCAAGAGCUGUCCCAAUGGGAAGGCAAGAGGGGCAAAGAGCUGUCCCAGGCAGAAGAUGACAGGGACAAAGUGCUUUGCCAAUGGGAAGGCUCCGUGGAGCAAGAGCUGUCCGAAGGGGAAGUGAGAGUAGACCCAGAGUUGUCUGAAGGGGAAGUCAGAGCCAGAGGAGACCCAGUGUUGUCCCAAGAGGGAGACAACAUUUACCAAGAGCUGUUGCAGGAGAACUGGGAACACAUCCCAAGCCACACCUGCUGGGUCAACCCCAAGUACCCACAGCUCCUGUGGAACCCUCACCCUGCUCUCCAGGGGUCGGCACAGGCAGCAGCUUCUCCUGCCUCAUGGAAACAGGUGAAGGCAGCAGGGGCAGAGAGCCCGGGCCCUGCCCCACACAGCCCCUGUUGCCCCCCCAGCCCCUCACCUCGCUGUCAGGAGGGGGCAAUGGGGGAGACAGAGCUGCCAGAGCCACAGACCGAGCAGUGGUCCUUCGCCAAGGAGGAGAAGCUGUGGAAAUACAUCACCAUCCGCACCAUCUGGGUCAACCCCAAGUACCCACAGCUCCUGCAGGACCCUCACCCUGCUCCCCAGGAGUCGGCACAGGCAGAAGCUUCUCCUGACUCCAGAGAGCAGGUGCCAGAGGCAGGGGCAGAGAGCCAGGUCCCCAGGAAACGUCCCUCCUGCUCCAGGAGGGUGCUCCGGGCUCUGCGCCGGCUGUUCCGGAUCCCCUGCAUGGCGGGACGGCCGGAGGAUUAGUGCCCACUGCCAGCACCAGGCCGGGCCCCGGAGAUGAGAGCUGACCUGGAGCCUGCACAGCUCCCUGAGGGAGCAGCACGGGCUGGCCUGGAUGGCCAGGCCUUGGAAGGAUCAGUUCCUUGUUGGUAGAAUUGCCUGGGUCAGGUUUAGGACUAGGCAGGCUUCAGUGAUCCCAGACGUAAGGGAGGUGUAGAAAGCUAAUGAGCAUAAGAAGGGAGGAAGUCUUUUAACCAAUAGAAGAUAGAAUAUGAAGUAGUAUCUUCAGUUAGAUUAAUAAUAUUUCUUAAUUAAUUCUUAAUUAUUUAAUGUAUUAAUAUAUUA